AGCGCGCUCUGUGUGGCCGCUGCCGCCAUGUUGUUGUGGUGGUUGUGAGAAGGCGGCGGCAGUGGCGGCGGCGGCCGAGCAGCCGGAGGAGAAGCUCCAGCGGCCCAGGCGCUGCCCCCCGCCGGCCCUGGCUGGGAGCCUCGUGGGGUGGCGGAGGAGGCCGUGCCGUGGCGGGCCUCGCCAUGUCCUGCCGCCUGAUUUCCUUGUGAAACCUUCUAGAAGGAAAAGUUGUCAGGAAAAACUCCAUUUGAUCUCAAGCAUAAGAGAAAAAGAGCCUUGUUGGACUGAAGAGGGGACGGGGAUCUUUCCUCCUAAUCUGGGCCUCCUGUCAUGGAUGAAGAGAUUCGGCAUAGCCUUGAGUGCAUCCAGGCCAAUCAGAUCUUUCCCAGAAAGCAGCUGAUUCGGGAGGAUGAGAAUCUUCAGGUUCCUUUCCUUGAACUUCAUGGAGAGAGCACAGAGUUUGUGGGCCGUGCCGAGGAGGCCAUCAUUGCCCUUUCUAAUUACAGGCUUCACAUCAAAUUCAAGGAGUCUCUUGUUAAUGUUCCAUUACAGCUUAUAGAAAGUGUUGAAUGCCGUGAUAUAUUUCAGCUUCAUUUGACUUGCAAAGACUGCAAAGUUAUCCGGUGUCAGUUCCCAACCUUUGAGCAGUGUCAAGAUUGGCUUAAGAGACUGAACAAUGCAAUCCGACCUCCUGGUAAAAUAGAAGAUCUCUUCUCAUUUGCAUACCAUGCUUGGUGCAUGGAGGUCUAUGCCAGUGAAAAAGAGCAACAUGGAGACUUAUGCAGACCAGGGGAGCAUGUAACGUCAAGGUUUAAGAAUGAAGUGGAGCGGAUGGGUUUUGAUAUGAACAAUGCCUGGAGGAUUUCCAACAUCAAUGAGAAAUACAAGCUUUGUGGUAGUUAUCCGCAAGAGCUCAUAGUACCUGCCUGGAUCACUGACAAAGAACUAGAAAGUGUGGCAGGCUUCAGAUCCUGGAAGCGCAUCCCUGCUGUCAUCUACAGGCACCAGAGCAAUGGAGCUGUCAUUGCCCGCUGUGGACAGCCGGAGGUUAGCUGGUGGGGCUGGCGAAAUGCAGAUGAUGAGCACCUGGUACAGUCGGUUGCCAAAGCUUGUGCUUCUGACUCUCGAUCAAGUGUCAGCAAGAUUUCAGCUAGGAACAGUUCUCGAGACUUUCCCAAUGGAGACCUUUUAGAUGUGGAGUUUGAUUCUUCUCUGUCAAAUGCUUCAGGAGCAGAGAGUUUGGCUAUCCAGCCGCAGAAGCUUUUGAUCUUGGAUGCACGGUCCUAUGCAGCAGCUGUGGCAAAUCGAGCCAAAGGAGGAGGCUGCGAAUGUCCAGAGUAUUACCCAAACUGUGAAGUUGUAUUUAUGGGAAUGGCAAACAUUCAUUCUAUUCGGAGGAGUUUUCAGUCUCUGCGAUUACUGUGUACACAAAUGCCAGAUCCUGGAAAUUGGCUUUCAGCUCUUGAAAGUACAAAAUGGCUCCAUCAUCUGUCUGUGCUUUUGAAAUCGGCACUUCUGGUGGUGCAUGCUGUGGAUCGUGAUCAGCGACCAGUGCUAGUACACUGCUCAGAUGGCUGGGAUCGCACUCCCCAGAUUGUGGCAUUGGCUAAGCUCCUGCUGGACCCUUAUUACAGAACUAUAGAGGGUUUCCAGGUCCUUGUGGAGAUGGAAUGGCUGGAUUUUGGCCAUAAAUUUGCUGACCGGUGUGGUCAUGGGGAGAACUCAGAUGAUCUGAACGAGCGUUGCCCAGUGUUUCUACAAUGGCUUGACUGUGUUCAUCAGCUUCAGAGGCAAUUUCCUUGCUCUUUUGAGUUCAAUGAAGCAUUCCUUGUGAAACUGGUACAGCAUACCUAUUCCUGCCUCUUUGGAACAUUCCUGUGCAACAACGCCAAGGAGAGAGGGGAAAAGCAUACUCAGGAACGGACGUGCUCUGUGUGGUCACUUCUUCGGACAGGCAACAAGGCUUUCAAAAACCUCCUAUAUUCCUCUCAGUCAGAAGCCGUGCUGUACCCUGUUUGCCAUGUGCGGAAUCUGAUGCUGUGGAGUGCAGUGUACCUGCCCUGCCCAUCCCCAUCUACCCCUGUGGAUGACAGCUGUGCACCAUAUCCAGUCCCCAGCACCAGCCCUGAUGAUCCCCCCCUGAGCCGGCUACCAAAGACUAGAUCUUUUGACAAUCUGACCACAGCCUGCGACAACACACUGCCCCUGGCCAGCCGGCGCAGCAGUGACCCCAGUUUGAAUGAGAAGUGGCAGGAGCACCGACGUUCACUGGAGCUGAGCAGCCUGGCUGGCCCUGGAGAGGAGUCUCCUGCUGUGGACAGCCUAGGGAAGAUCAGCAGGGUACCAGGAGGUGCUGAGCUAUCUGUGGCAGCUGGGGUGGCUGAGGGACAAAUGGAGAACAUUUUGCAAGAGGCAACCAAAGAGGAGAGUGGAUUAGAAGAGCCUGCCCACAGGGGGUACCUUGAGAUGCCAGAGGUCAAAGAGGAGGCACUCCUAGCAAAGGAGAGCAGGAUGCCGACCGAGAUGCCGACUGAGAUGCCGACCGAGGGCUCAGUCGUACUUUAUCAAGAACCAGUGCUGGAUGAUGCUACUCCAAGAACCCGUCUAGACCCCAGCUUAUCUUUGUUCUCACAGGAUAUUCCUGAACUGCAAGAUGGGCACACUGUUUUCCCCAGUUCACUCCAGGCUCCCCCCAGGGGAGAGGAUCCCCAGGAUGUUUCUGUGGAGCAGCCUCAAAUAGGGGAUAUGGCAGAGGAUAGGGAAGAUGCAGCUCCUGCCCUCUCAGUAGAUGCAAAAAUUGUCCUUGGUACCUCACGAUCUAGUUCUCUGCCACCUCCCCAAGUCCCAUUCGAGACAAGAGGACCAAACAUGAACACUUCCAAGCACAUGUUAAUGGAAGAUAAGGUAAAGUCAGAAAAUGGGCCCCAAAUCCAUCAUAGACCUUGCCUGGCAAGCAGCAGUAGAUUUAGUGGCAAAGAAAUACUUCCCCCAGCACUGGAGCCCAGGUCUGCUGAGAGGCUUCUAGGUGAGAGGCCCCAAUGGGACUCUGUGGUACACAGGACUUCAUCCCCUGGCAGCAGCUUCAGCCUGAUGCGGGCCCCUUGUGCCUUGCCUUUAGACAAAUGUAAAGAGGUGAUUAUGUGCAAUGGUGCCCUAGAGACUGAAAACAAAGCCUCAGAGCAGCCUGCAGGGUUUGGCACCCUCCAGAAGUAUCCCAUACCCAAUGGGCACUGUGCCAAUGGGGAGGCUGGGGGGAGUAAGGACUCACUGAGCCGCCAGCUAUCUGCCACAGGCUGCAGCUCUGCCCAGUUGUACUCGAGGAACUUGCACCAUAAAUGGCUACACAGCCACUCAGGGAGGCCAUCCACCACCAGCAGCCCUGACCAGCCUUCCCGCAGCCACCUGGAUGAUGAUGGUAUGCCUGUGUACACGGAUAUGAUCCAACAGCGCCUCCGUCAAAUAGAGUCUGGCCACCAGCAGGAAGUGGAGACCUUGAAAAAACAAGUCCAGGAACUCAAGAGUCGCCUGGAGAGCCAGUACCUGACCAGCUCCCUACGCUUCAAUGGGGACUUUGGAGAUGAAGUGACUUCAAUCCCCGACUCGGAAAGCAAUCUGGAUCAGAACUGUUUGUCUCGCUGCAGCACAGAGAUUUUCUCUGAAGCCAGCUGGGAGCAGGUGGAUAAACAGGACACAGAGAUGACCCGUUGGCUACCUGACCACCUGGCUGCCCACUGCUAUGCCUGUGACAGUGCCUUCUGGCUCGCCAGCAGGAAGCACCACUGCAGGAAUUGUGGGAACGUAUUCUGCUCCAGUUGUUGUAACCAGAAGGUUCCAGUUCCUAGCCAGCAGCUCUUUGAACCCAGCCGAGUAUGCAAGUCUUGUUAUAGCAGCCUCCAUCCCACGAGCUCCAGCAUUGACCUUGAACUGGAUAAGCCCAUUACUGCCACUUCAAACUGAAGUUUAGUGACCUGGGGUGGGCAGAGGCCAUGCUGCUGUUCCUCUGACAGGCCCAGCAGCCUGGGCAGACUGAGAGGCCCAUACACUUUGGAAUGGGGGCAUGGAACCACCUGUACAGAGAGACAGAUUGGGAUGUACCACUGGAUUGUAGAUUGAUUUUUUUUUUUUUUCCUUUCCCCUUCCCUUUCCAUGCUCCCACUCUGCCUUCAAAAAAGAAAAACGCCCCCGGUUGUUUUAUUUUUUUUUUUUUUUUUUUAAUGGAAGACCAGAGAUUGCCAGACCCCCUGUAACUGCUGAGCUGCCUACUGUCAGGCAUGCUAGGGGAUGGCUUGAUGCUUCCUAGUUGAAGGAGCCAGAAUGGAGGCCUGAGAUAGCAGAACAGAAUGUCAGCACUAACAUUAGUGACCAUUCCUCACAUCAUAGCUACGUCUAAAAUGACUAGGAAACCUUUGCUGCUGGGGAGGCUGGAAACCCCUUUUCCAAGAGUGCCUGUCCCAUGUUCUUGAGAGGGGUGGAGCCAUCCUACCUCACAGCUAAUAAAUGGGAUUGGCACUAGGAGGGGCACAUUUUGAGAAGAAAGGUAUGUGCUUCCUAAGAGGCAGUGAGGGGCUGGGGCUGAGGAGUUGGCAUGUUGGCCUUCACAGAUCCCGUCUUUAACUUGACCAGAUUGUGUAGGACUCCCUUCAGUUGAAGGGGCUGCCUCUUUGGGCUUCCAGGCCUAAAGGUGCAGACUGGCCAGAAUACAGUGUCCUGCUGUUGUGGCUAAGGCCUGCACUGAGCCAGGCACCUGAGAGUCCCUCUGGGGCCUGGUCCCACAAACAAUCUCUCUUCCUUGGCCAACACAGGGAAAUCCAGACUCAGGGUUCCAAAAGUUCCCCAUUCCUAAACCAAACCAAUCAUGCAUCCCCCCUUGAGGGAUAGAAUCACCUUCAGAGUUACAAAUAUCCCCACACAAUCAGCCUUCCUCUUCCUCCCUGGGCAGCUGGAAGGGCCCUGCUUCUGGCUGCCUGAGUAGACAUGUCUGGCUGCCACCAGCAGUGAAGGGCCGCUUGGUGACUGCAGGGUCCCUUAGAGAGUGACAUGGCCUGCAGGAAAUUUGGGGCACAUUUCCUCAAUGAGCUUUGAUGUGGUCCAAAAAGAGCCUUAAAUCAGUAAUUAUUUGUGGUGGAGGUGGGUGUGGGGAAUGAUGGAGAGUGGUUUUGGUCUGUGCUUUGAAAUGUUGGCAUCCAUGUUUUGGGCCUAACCCUCCCUCCUGGGGAAGGGCCAUGCUUGGCUCUACUGAAAGCUGCAGACUGUUAACAGGUCAGAUUGUAGUCUGGGGGCCGGGGGAGGUCAGGGAACACUUUAGUUCCAGCCUGGUCUAUACCUGUACCCACACCCGCCCCCCCUUUGGAAGCUGUUACCUGGCCAAGGGCACACUGUGUCUCAGGAAGGUGGCUUCUGCAUGUGCCCGAAUGUGAGUCCAUGAAGCCCAGAAGCCUUCCCCAAUGUUGCCAGCUGAGGCAAAGCCCAGAGCAUCUGAGCAUUGCUUACUCCAGCAAAUCACACAGAGGCCAAGUUUAGUGAAACAGGGUGAAGUUCUCCUCUAUACUUACAUGGCCUGGAGGUGCAGGUAGGGAAAAGUUGGCAUAAUUAAGGAUUGUGCAGUUGCUAGUGACAGGUGCCAAGAGGUUAUGAUACGGGUUUCUUGGGUCUGUUGUACAGUGUGAAUAAAUGCUUGCAGCUCUUAGCCCUUUUUGAUCAAUGAAGCACUUUUUUAUUAAUAUUUCUUUGUAUGUAAAGGAGGAACCGUAACUCUCCGUAGCUGUACAUAUAACCCUUUUCUCCUAAAGAGGAGUCAGUGCUCCUAUAUUUUUCAUUUUUUGUCAAAGCAAGAAGUAAAUACUUUAGAACUGUUAAAUAUAUAAAUAAAGUGAAUAAAGUUGAGUGUUCCACAUGGUGGCAUUUGCCCUGUAGUUUAUACUCUUUGUCCCUUUUCUCAGUCACACAGAAGUGGUUUCAAGAGCUGCUGGGAAAGUGACCUUUGAUAAAGGAAAGCAGACUCAUUUCAACUGUAGACCCUGGCAAAGAGCCUUCCCAAGAUGCCCAAGCAUUCAAAAAUCAUUUCCAUAGUGGUUUUUCCCUGAGGG